UCCAUUUAAGCAGAAAAUGGAGGCAAUGUCGACUAGAAUUCAGAACUUCAAAAAUUCACCUUUUUUUGAUUAUCCUGAUUGGAUUAAUUCACAGCAUUUGACUGGGACGACAAUUAUGGCAGUGGAAUUUGCAGAUGGAGUAGUUAUUGGCGCAGAUUCUCGCACAACCACUGGAUCAUACAUAGCCAAUCGUGUGACAGAUAAACUAACUCCAAUCACAGACAAGAUCUACUGCUGUCGGUCAGGUUCAGCUGCUGAUACACAAGCCAUUGCUGAUAUUGUGAAAUAUUAUCUUGACUUUUAUUGUCGAGAGAUUGGUAAAGAUCCUCAAGUUACAACUGCCGCGAAUAUUUUUAAGAAGUUCUGUUAUGACUACCGUGAUUCCCUGUCUGCAGGAAUCAUUUGUGCCGGUUGGGAUGAAUAUAAUGGUGGACAGGUAUACUCUAUUCCACUUGGAGGAAUGUGUGUAAGGCAGCCAUUUACAAUUGGAGGCUCUGGUAGUACAUAUAUUUAUGGGCAUUGUGAUGCUACAUUCAAAGAAGGAAUGACUAAAGAUGAAUGUUUUCAGUUUGUCGCUAAUGCUGUAUCAUUGGCAAUGUCACGAGAUGGCUCAUCAGGGGGUGUUAUCAGAAUGGCUGCAAUCACUAAAGAUGGUCUGGAAAGGAAAGUGCUUUUGGGAAAAGAAUUGCCAAAAUUCUUUGAAGGAUGAUGUUGAAAUAAGAGACACUAUGAGUAGUGAGGCCAAAGAGCAUUUCAUACAUUUGUUAUUAAACAGUUAAAUUUAA